AGAAACGGCCUCCCCGCACCCUGCUUGUGCGCGCUCCCUGGGAGCGUGCAGCACCGCAGUCCGGUGCCCGCUGUGUCCUCCGGACACAGUGAAACACCGAUCGUCGGACGGGACCUUUGUACGAGGUCCCAAUCAUUGAUCACUGAUUGGCCAAUCAGUGAUCACAUGCAAAGUAGUAAGCAAGAUGUCACUUGUGACAUCAUUGCUUACUACGUGUGAAAUCUGUGAAUGAUCACAGAGGUCACAUGGUACAAGGAUAUUCACAACAGCCUUGUACCAUGUGACAAGCUGUGACCAAUCACAGCUCAC